AUGGCCAGAGUCCUCGACCAAACCUUCGCCUUCGGCAGUGAACUUGGUCCAGGAUGGAAAGGGAAAAAGAUUCUUGGAAAAGGAGACUUCGGAAUUGUGAGCUUAUGGGAGUACGUCGGAGAUGAAGCAAAGACUCCUGCCAUAACCCAAAUAGUAGUGAAACAAACCUAUGGCAAACCACCUCCCGAUCCAUUCUUCGAGAAUCGUGUCAUGAAACAGCUUAGCAUAGGGAAAUCUAAGCAUAUCGUCAGGCAGUAUAGGGAUGCAUACGAAGCCCAGUUUGCUCGAGGAAAAUCAUUUGUCGGGAUUUAUUUGGAAUAUUGUCCAGGCGGAGAUCUGACUGUGUUUUUAGAUCCACUUCAAAGCCUCAUACCGAGUUCCAAGCUUAAGAAGGAUCUUCUUCUUGAGGUAGAUUUAUGGGCAAUGUUCUUUUGUCUGGCGUCGGCUGUUGCUUUCAUUGCUAGAGGCACUGAAGAUUUCAAUGCCGCUCCCGUGUUGCAAGGUCUUUUCUCAACCGAAUUAGUACACCUUGAUAUCAAGCCUGACAACAUUUUCUUAGGCAAUCGUGACGAAGACCAUGUCCGAUAUCCGAUCUUAAAGGUUGGGGACUUUGGUUCUGCUCGAAGCGAAGCCAAGAACCAAACCAAGUCCGAAUUUUCGAAGAUUAUACCAGACAUCGGUGGUGCCGCAGGAUGGAGAGCUCCCGAGUACGGGAAAGAAGCGAAAAAUAUGAGGAACCCAAGAAGAGGAGCGUGCUCUAAUAUAUUUCAAAUUGGAUGUAUCAUGCAUGCUCUUCUAAUGCUCGAGAAGAAAUACCCCGCAUUGACUAAAAGUUCGCCUUGGCAAGGUCCGUUCCGUGGAAAUAAUCUUCAAAGAGGCCAGGCCAAGUACACCCACGGCCAGGAUUUGUUCAGACAACAAUGGGCUGCUUUGUAUUCGAAUACGUUGAGGGAACUAAUUAUGGAAUGCUUAAUGUUCGAGCCAGACGACCGUCCUUUGCCAGGAGAUCUCCAGAGGAGAGUUGCAGCGGGGCUGGACGCUUCGAAAGCCGCAGCUGAAACACUGAAGUUGUUUGAAAACAAUCAGAAUCCUCCUGUAAAGAGCUUUGAACACAUUGCAAUAGUAGGAUAG